AAAGCCCAAUAGGAAAAUAAAAGAAGACACCAUUGGAGCGAGCUCGCUCCCUCUACUCUUCUCCGCCGCCGCCUACAUCACAAAAGUACACCGGAAUGGAGUCUCAUAACCAAUCAGAGAAACAAAGUUCGCCUGAGAAAAGUGGUUCGAGCAGUGUGUCUAAGAAAGUCGCGGAGAUGUGGGAGCGAAUGAAUGCAGGAGUACCAAAAAAGCGAGUCAACUUCCACUCAAAGAGCUCAACCGCUUUGCCCUCUAAAAACUCAGCUAAUAGCAACUGGACAAGUUAUCUUGGUGUGGAUGCGAAGAAGAAGAAGAAUGAGCACACAAUUGUACUGAAGGAAGAUAGCGUUUCGGACAAUAGCUGUAGCGAGGAGGCUAAGAGCAUUGCUGCAGCCGCUCUAGCUGCUGUCAGAAACGCUACUGCAACCGCUGCAGCUGCAUCGAGCCGUGGCAAGGUUGAGAUAACAGAGGUCAAAGACUUUGCUGGGCAAGAAAUCGAAGUGAAGCGGUUAGUGGAAGCGGGUUCAAAGGAAGCCUCCUCCUCUGCAUCGACCUCAGGGGUUGAUGCGGUUCUUGAGCAGAUAAAAAAGAAACAGAAGCUGAGCGUUUUGGACAAGACGAAGAAAGAUUGGGGAGAGUACAAGGAGGAGAACAAAGGUGUUGAAGACGAGCUGGAUAAGUACAAGAAGAGCUCUGAUCAGUAUCUGGAUAAAGUUUCUUUCUUGGAGAGAGCCGAUUACAGACAGUUUGAGAAAGAGAGAGACGCUCGCUUAGCUCUUCAGUCCAAGAGAAAACACGAUGAUGUCUGACUCUUUUAACGUCCUUCUUCUGCUCUUUUAAGUGUUCUUGUUUUCUGGUAUGUAGAAAAGUGAUGUUUCUAAGGGAUGUUUUGUCACAUUCAGGUAUAGACAACGCGGAAGCUGAUACGAUUUUUCCAGUAUGAAUCGGUGGUCUAAACAAUAAUCUUCUAUAAGACAGUUUAACGACCCCCUGAGGAUUUCUUUGCAGUGUCUAAACCGUGUUUUGGUUGAUUGA